CUUACAAGUUCACCAGCAGGCUUGCAGCUCUUCUUUUGCGAUCUCUUUUCUACUACCCUGUGCAGCACGCGGCUUUUACGACCUCGCUGUUUGUCGCGUUCUCUUUGUAUUCUGCUUUUCCCAUGCAUCUCUAUAAUUUGACGCUACAGCCUCCCACAGCAAUUACGCAUGCAAUUGCAGGGAAUUUCUCUGGAUCUAGACAGCAGGAAAUUAUCGUCUCUCGUGGCACUCGUCUGGAACUGUUACGCCCGGAUGUGCAGAGCGGCAAAAUCUCGACCGUAAUUGCGAGCGACGUCUUUGGGUCAAUCCGAUCUCUCGCUGCAUUUCGUCUGACCGGCGGGACCAAGGAUUACGCCAUCGUAGGGUCCGACUCUGGCCGUAUCGUCAUCCUCGAAUAUGACCCGAAGACAACCAGCUUCGUCAAGGUGCACCAGGAGACGUUUGGAAAGUCCGGGGCUCGUCGCAUCGUACCCGGUCAAUACCUCGCUACCGACCCCAAGGGACGAAGUGUGAUGAUAUCCGCCGUUGAGAAGGCGAAACUCGUCUACAUUCUCAAUCGGGAUGCAGCUGCGAAUCUGACUAUCUCCUCCCCGCUCGAAGCCCACAAGAACAACUCCAUCAUUCACCACAUUGUCGGCUUGGAUGUCGGCUUCGACAAUCCGAUGUUCGCUGCUCUUGAAGUAGAUUACUCUGAGUCGGACCAGGACCCUACAGGAGAAGCAUUCAACAAUGCCGAGAAGAUGUUGACUUACUACGAGUUGGAUCUCGGUCUCAACCACGUCGUUCGCAAAUGGAGCGAGCCCACCGAUCCUAGAGCAAAUUUGCUCGUGCAGGUUCCUGGAGGCCAAUUGGCCUCGUCUGACCGUUAUGACGGGCCUUCUGGUGUGUUGGUGUGCUGCGAAGACCAUAUUAUUUACCGACAUAUGGAUGCGCCCCAGCACCGUGUCCCUAUACCGCGAAGACAGCAUCCUCUUGCAGAUCCUAACCGCGGACUCAUCAUUACGGCAGCAGUCAUGCACAAAAUGAAGGGAGCGUUCUUCUUCCUCCUUCAGAGCGAGGAGGGUGACCUGUACAAGGUCACAAUUGAGCACGAAGAACAGGAAGUAAAGGCCUUGAAGAUCAAGUAUUUCGACACGGUCCCUGUGGCCUCGAGCCUGUGCAUUCUCAAGUCUGGCUUCCUGUUCGUUGCAGCGGAGUUUGGCAAUCACUACCUCUAUCAAUUUCAAAAACUGGGUGAUGAUGACAACGAACCUGAGUUCUCAUCUGCGAACUACCCGUCAUUCGGUAUGGCGGAACCCUCCUCUCCUCUUCCGCAUCCAUUUUUCAAGCCUCGCCCUCUGGACAACCUGGCCCUCAUUGACGAGAUGGAUUCGCUCUGCCCUAUUCUUGACUCGAAGGUUUUGAAUCUACUGCCAAACUCGGACACGCCCCAGAUUUUCGCUGCCUGUGGUCGUGGGGCAAGGAGUUCGUUCAGGAUGCUCCGUCAUGGUUUGGAAGUAGAGGAAGUCGUCAGCUCUGAUUUACCUGGUAUCCCGAAUGCGGUCUGGACGACGAAGUUGAAGGAAGAUGAUCCGUACGACUCAUACAUCAUUCUGUCUUUCGUGAACGGCACCCUUGUCCUCUGCAUUGGCGAGACUAUCGAGGAAGUCCAGGAUACCGGCUUCCUCUCUUCAGCGCCCACGCUCGCCGUGCAGCAGAUCGGCUACGAUGCUCUGCUCCAGGUACAUCCGCAUGGUAUUCGACACGUCCUAAGUGACAAGCGCGUGAACGAAUGGAGAGUACCGUCUGGCAGGACCAUCGUUGCCGCCACGACAAACAAGCGGCAGGUCGUGGUUGCGCUAAGCACAGGAGAGCUGGUCUACUUCGAGCUGGAUCUGGAUGGGCAACUCAACGAGUAUCAGGAUCGUAAGGCGAUGGGUAGUACAGUGCUAGCUCUCAGUAUCGCGGAGGUGCCGGAAGGACGGCAGCGGACGCCUUACUUGGCUGUCGGUUGUGAGGACCAAACUGUACGCAUUGUGUCGCUCGAUCCAGAGAGCACGCUUGAGACGAUCAGUCUGCAAGCACUGACGGCGCCGCCCUCCUCCAUCUGCAUCGCCGACAUGCUCGAUGCCGGUAUCAACAAGGCGCAGCCGACGACAUUCGUCAACAUCGGUUUGCAGAACGGUGUGCUUCUGCGUACUGUGCUGGACCCAGUGAACGGUCAGCUUACGGACACUCGUACUCGGUUCCUUGGCACCCGUCCCAUCCGCCUCCUCCGGGUGCUUGUUCAGCAGAACCCGGCCAUCCUGGCUCUGUCCUCGCGGUCAUGGCUGAAUUACACGUAUCAGAACCUCAUGCACUUCACUCCCCUAAUUUUCGAGAACCUGGAUUAUGCGUGGAGUUUCUCCGCGGAGCUUUGUCCUGAGGGGUUGAUUGGAAUCUCGGGGAGCGUCUUGAGGAUUUUCCAGGUACCGAAGCUCGGCACAAAGCUGAAGCAAGAUGCCAUUCCCCUGUCAUACACUCCACGGAAAUUUAUCCCUCAUCCUACGAAUGGACUGUUCUAUCUUAUCGAGGGCGACCACCGUGUUAGAAGUGAUGCGGCUGCCGCGAAAGAGCUGCAGAAGCUGCGCGAACAAGGCAAAAUGAUCGAUGAGGACGUGGUGAAUCUCCCGCCAGAGGUUUUCGGUCGACCAAAAGCGCCGGCGGGAACAUGGGCAUCGUGCAUUCGCAUCAUCAACCCGGUGGAUGCGAAAACGGUCACCGUCAUCCCGCUGGACAACAACGAGGCAGCGUUCUCGAUCGCUGUCGUUCCAUUUGCUGUACGUGGUGGCGAGCUUCAUCUUGUUGUUGGUACGGCACAGGAUACGUUCCUGGCUCCCCGUUCCUGUACAAGCGGAUUCUUACGGACCUACCGGUUCAUCAAUGACGGGCAGGACUUGGAGCUAUUGCACAAGACAGAGACGAAUGAUGUCCCCCUUGCAAUAAUGGCUUUCCAGGGGAAGCUCGUCGCUGGUGUCGGCAAGGCGCUUCGGCUGUACGACAUGGGUAAGAAGAAGCUUCUGCGAAAGGUGGAAAACAAAAAUUUCUCGUCUGCGAUCGUCACUCUCAAUACACAAGGCUCACGCAUCCUCGUUGGAGACAUGCAGGAGUCUGUCUUCUAUGCUGUAUACAAGGCGCCAGAAAACCGGCUGCUCGUCUUUGCUGAUGACAUGCAGCCUCACUGGAUAACUGCGACGACCAUGGUGGAUUAUAACACCGUCGUCGCCGGUGAUCGCUUCGGCGACGUAUUCGUCAACCGGCUCGACCCGAAAAUAUCGGACCAGGUAGAUGACGAUCCUACUGGCGCAGGCAUCUUGCAUGAGAAGGGCAUCCUGGCGGGCGCACCGCACAAGACGCAAAUGCUAGCACACUUCCACGUCGGGGACAUCGUGACGUCGAUCAAUAAAGUCUCGUUGGUUGCAGGUGGUCGCGAAGUACUACUGUAUACCGGCCUUCACGGUACGAUCGGCAUCCUCGUGCCGUUCGUGUCGAAGGAAGACGUGGACUUCAUCUCGACACUCGAGCAGCACAUGCGGACGGAGCAACUAAGCAUAGUCGGCCGUGAUCACCUGGCAUGGAGGGGUUAUUACGUGCCGGUGAAGGCGGUGGUAGAUGGGGAUCUGUGCGAGACGUUUGCGCGACUGCCGGCGAACAAACAAAGUUCGAUUGCGAAUGAGCUGGAUAGGACGGUCGGGGAGGUGCUGAAGAAACUGGAGCAGCUGCGUGUAACGGCGAGUGGAUUCUGAUUGCGGCGAGCCAUUCUCGUGCUGUGCGUAAAAUGUAUUAUAUUGCUGAUAAGUACAGAUUAGCUACUGAGUUGAUGCGAAUUUCUGCUAGCUUCUCUAUUCAAAGGUAGCGCUGGUUUAGUAUGUCAAGUUUGCGAUUGCUUCACGGUAUCCUCAAGGGAUCUGCCUGCCGCUGGGUGUUCAUUCUGUCUUACUACGCCCUCUUGAAGCUUGACUGUGCGUCACUGACGCGUUCAGGAUGUAUGCGCGACCUCGUUGAUCGACAUGACUUGCUUCCUCUGGUGUCAUUCUCCAUCAUCGUCUGUCAAAGUGGGCUCGCGCACGUAUAAGAUGGCGACAUCCCUCACGCCGUGUCUCACCCUUCUUCCACUUCCCCAAGUAUGAUUGCUGCUGUUCUCCGGCCCGCACCCCACAGUGUGGCUUUGCUCAAGCGCACCAGUGCACUAUACCAGCCUACGCGUUCGCUGAUCACGCUUAGGGACCACAAG